AUGACCCAUUUCCCCUCCCAUUUCCCCACACUGCAUCACUUGCUCCGACAGCCCUUCACCGGUGGCACGAGAACCACAGCCGAGGUACAGGAACGUCAUCACAUGGCGCCGACAGGUCACAUGAUGGAGUCGCAGUUCAAAGAUGGAGACAGUCGUCUCAGGUGGGACCUAACUCCGGAACAGAUCAGUUUAAUGACGUCUCAACUCAUUGAGCAAACCAAGUGUCUAUACGAUGAAGUAGGCUCUCUAGAGCUAAGUAGUGUCACUUACGGAAAUACAUUGAAGGCUCUUGCAGAUGUAGAAGUCAAGUAUACAGUACAGAGGAGCAUGCUUGAUUUCCCCCAACAUGUUUCGCCUAGUAAGGAUGUACGUACAGCUAGCACUGAGUCUGAUAAGAAGUUGUCUGAGUUUGAUGUUGAAAGAAGUAUGAGAGAGGAUGUGUAUCAAAGACUCGAGCACUUGCAAUCCGUUCUCCCUCCUGACUCAUUGAAACCAGAAGCAAAGAGAUUGUUAGAAAGGCUGAUUAAACUAGGGCAGAGGAAUGGAUUGAACCUUGCUUCAGAAGUGCAGCAGAGAAUAAAAGAAAUCAAGAAAAAGAUUAGCAACCUAUGUAUUGAUUUCAGCAAGAAUUUAAAUGAAGAUAUUACAUUUCUCCCUUUUUCGCGAGAAGAGUUGGGUGGACUCCCUGAUGACUUCCUCAAUAGCUUAGAAAAAACAGAAGAUGGAAAGUUAAAGAUUACAUUAAAGUAUCCUCACUACUUCCCAUUAAUGAAAAAAUGCUUUAAUCCUGAGACUCGCAAGAAGGUGGAGUCAGCUUUCAAUUCCCGUUGCAAAGAGGAGAAUAACAGAAUAUUAAAGGAACUUGUACAACUGAGAGAAGAGAAAUGCAAAUUACUUGGCUUUGAAACCCAUGCAGACUUUAUUCUGGAGAUGAACAUGGCAAAAAACGGCAAGACUGUGGCAGGUUUCUUGGAUGAAUUAUCACAGAAGCUGAAGACUCUUGGAGAGCAGGAGAGGCUUGUCAUUUUGGAACUGAAAAGAAAAGAAUGUGAAAUGCGAGGAUUUGAGUUUGAUAGUAAGAUCAAUGCUUGGGACAUGCGCUAUUACAUGAACCAAGUAGAAGAAACCACUUAUAGUGUAGACCAAAAUCUCCUUAAAGAAUAUUUUCCUAUGGAGGUGGUAACAUCUGGCCUUUUGAUUAUAUACCAAGAGCUGCUUGGUCUGACUUUUGAGCUUGAGAAGGGAGCUCAUGUUUGGCAUGAGGAUGUCUCUUUGUUCUCUGUGAGAGAUUCAAAAACUGGACGUCUUAUGGGAAAGUUCUAUUUGGACUUAUAUCCACGUGAGGGGAAAUAUUCCCAUGCAGCCUGCUUUGGACUGCAGCCAAAUUGUCUUCUUCCAAAUGGUACAAGACAGAUCUCCAUAGCUGCCAUGGUAGCUAACUUUACUAAACCCACAGAAAAUGCUCCCUCUCUGUUGCAACACGAUGAAGUAGAGACCUACUUCCAUGAAUUUGGACAUGUCAUGCAUCAACUUUGCUCUGAGGCAGAUUUUUCUAUAUUCAGUGGAACUCAUGUGGAGCGGGAUUUCGUUGAAGCUCCUUCUCAGAUGUUGGAAAACUGGGUGUGGGAGAGAGAACCACUGCAACGAAUGUCAAAACAUUACAAGAGUGGUUUGCCAAUUCCCGAUGAGACUUUGGAGAAACUUAUGAAGUCUCGUUUAGCUAACACUGGUCUUCUUAAUCUCCGUCAGAUAGUUCUUGCCAAGAUAGACCAAGUGCUGCACACGCAGCAUGGUGUGGAUCCUGUUGAGGAAUAUUGCAGGCUGUCCAAGGAGAUCCUCGGUGUCCCUGCUACUCCAGGAACAAAUAUGCCAGCCACAUUUGGCCAUCUUGCUGGAGGAUAUGAUGCACAGUACUAUGGCUAUUUAUGGAGUGAGGUGUAUUCUAUGGACAUGUUUUACACACGGUUUAAACAGGAAGGCAUAAUGUGCAAAGAGGUGGGUGCAGAUUAUAGGAACUAUAUUCUGAAACCAGGUGGGUCUCUUGAUGCCUCAGAAAUGCUUCGUAACUUUCUUGGCCGUGACCCGAAGCAGGAUGCGUUCCUCCAAAGCAAAGGAUUGACUAACCAGCAUUCUUCUGUGCCCUCUGCCUGUUAAAUCACUAAAUCAAGCUGAUGUUUUUGAGCUCAUAUCUGAAACAAUUACUAUUAAAGCCUGCUUUGCAUAAAAUAUAUAAGCAUUCAACUGGAGUCUAAUAAUGGUUUUAUGUCUUUAUUAGGAAAUCAGAAUUGCAGCUGUAUACUUACCAGAUAUAUUAUGAAAACAUUUACUAGCUGAGACAUAGCACCUUUAAAUAAUUAG